AUGGCAACCACUAUUAUCAUUACCUCCACCCUCACUUCUUCGCUUCUAUAUCCAACUACAAUAGACAACUCCGUGACUAAUUUAACAAUAAGUAUCAUCGAGUUCAACAUUCCCAACACUCCAAAUCCUGAAGGCUCGAGUGCUAUCACUUCUUCACCAACAGUACCGUCGAUAUCAACAGUUUUCCAAACAACCACUGCCAGUGCGCCACCCUGCCCGCAAACCUCACCUGCCAAGAGUUGUCCUUCAGUGUCUGGUCCCAUUGCCGGGGCCGCAGUUGGAAGUCUGGUUGGGGGAGCACUGAUUGCUGUUCUUCUCGGGUUCAUCAUCAUGAGCUCUCGGAACCGAAGUGGACGGCGCAAGAGGUCCACUCGCUUGGAGAAAGUAUCUCCGCCGAAUGAGCCGAAAGAAAACCAACCUGACACAAGUAUUGCGGCAUGGGAGAAACAUCUACCGCAGCCGGAAGCUGACAGCGACCUUCGUUCGGCCGUCUCUGCUCUGUUUGAUCAGAUUGAAAUGCACGUCGAACAAUACUAUCAGGAUGUUGCUGUCAAGGUCGACGCUUCGAUGAAACCAGAUAUCGCACAAUUUGACUCAGGCCUGUACCAAGUUUCAAUAUUGGAUUCACUGGCAUCAACGCGUCGUCCAACGACGCUCAUCAAGCACACAAUUGCUUACUUCAUGGUCUCCAGUAUCUCUGUGGAUAGUGAUUCAGCCGUUUCUUUCUUGCCCGCAGCCUUCACUGCCUUACCCCAGUCAAUGAAAGGUGCGACCAGGACAGGGACGCAUUCUGCGGUCUUUGGUGCUGCAUAUUGCAAGUGGCGUGUUUUGACUGCCUACCUGAAUCCUAAGCUAGAGAACGAUUCAGCCUACCUAGUCGCUCGAGAUAAAGCGAUUACCACCGCAGCAGAUAAGUUCUAUCGCGCAUUCUCCCCCUGGGCUCGCGACAGAGAAGGAACCCGGCGCAGCAACCUAGUCAGUAUCAUGAAAGUGGCAGCUGAACUUGGUGUGACCAUCUUCUCCCAGCCUUCAACUCUGGUCUGGGAUUGGCGUCUGUCUCGUCAUGGGGAGCAGUCCCAUGGUGGAAUGAGGCUCGUAUUACGCCCCGGCCUAGUUCGGACGACGGCUGUCCAGGGCCGACCCCUGGAAACGCCACAAGUGAUAGCUCCACCAUUAGCGUGCGUCUUGGAUACGAAGUAG